UAGGUGUGUUUGUCUGUGUGUGUGUGUCCUGCAACAGAUUGGUUCCUAAUCCUGUGUUGUUCCCUGCCUUGUGCCCCUAGCCUCUGGUAUAGACCCCAGACCCCCCACAAUCCUGAAUAGAAUAAGCAGCUACAGAAGAUGGACUGAAACUGAAGUUAUUGUAAGACUAGACACAGCUGAACCUUUUGACGAUCAGAAUGGAUUAUUUUUCAUCCGCAGACCACAGCUACCUACAUUGAGAUGGGAUGCCUGGCCGUUAUGGAGAACACAGUGGGAACCUUAGAGACCCCCGUUCAGCUAACUGUGAGAGGAAACCCAAGGGAGCACUAGGAGAACAUAGAAACUCCAUACAUACAGAAGCAGGGCUGGAACUGAGCUCACGCCUCUGGAGCUGUGAGAUGUGUUGCAGGAUUUCCAAGCCAGAUAAACAUAGGGGGACUUUUCAUGCGAUCUAUGGUCCAGGAGCACAGCGCCUUCAGAUUUGCUGUACAGUUGUACAACACCAAUCAGAAUGUGACAGAGAAACCUUUUCAUCUGAAUUAUAAUGUCGACAAUUUGGAGUCGUCCACCAGCUUUUCUGUCACUCACGCCUUCUGUUCACAGUUCUCCAGAGGAGUAUAUGCUAUCUUCGGGUUCUAUGACAAGAUGUCCAUGAACACGCUGACCUCCUUCUGCGGCGCACUCCACACGUCCUUUGUAACACCCAGCUACCCCACAGACACGGACGUACAGUUUGUCAUCCAAAUGCGGCCAUCACUGCAGGGGGCUGUCCUAAGUCUCCUGGCUUACUACAAGUGGGAAAAGUUUGUCUACAUUUAUGACACGGAAAGGGGCCUCUCAGUACUACAAGCCAUAAUGGAGUCAGCGAUGACAAGUAACUGGCAGGUGACGGCACGGUCUGUAAUGAGCAUCGUAGACGCUGAUGAGUAUAGAAGAAUCAUUGAGGAGAUGGACAGGAGACAAGAAAAGUAUUUCUUGUUGGACUGCAAAGUGGAAAGGAUAAAGACGAUUCUGGAUCAGGUUGUAGCGCUUGGGAAGAACAGCCGAAACCACCAUUACAUCCUGGCUAAUCUGGGUUUUUCAAAUAUGAGCCUGGACAAGGUCAUUGCUGGGGGAGCCAACAUAACUGGGUUUCAGAUAAUUAACCCCGAGAAACCCAUUGUACAACAGUUUCUCCAGCGAUGGAAUCACCUGGAUGAAAGAGAAUUUCCAGAAGCGAAAGGCACGCCUCUGAAGUAUACGUCAGCGUUAACCCAUGACGCGAUUUUGGUGAUUACGGAAGCAUUCCGUUACUUGCGGAGGCAGAGGAUUGACGUAUCCCGGAGAGGUAACCCUGGAAACUGCCUUGCCAACCCCGCUGUGCCCUGGAGUCAAGGCAGUGACAUCGAGAGAGCCCUAAAAAUGGUUCAGGUGCAGGGCAUGACAGGAAAUAUUCAGUUUGACACUGUUGGCCGAAGGUGCAACUACACUAUUGAUGUAUACGAGAUGAAGACAGAGGGAAGACAAAGGAUUGGCUACUGGAAUGAGUAUGAAAGAUUUGUAUAUAUAAUGGAUCAACAGGUCUCCAACGAGUCAUCUUCUGUGGAAAAUCGAACAAUUGUGGUGACUACUAUUAUGGAAGCUCCCUAUGUGAUGUACAAGAAAAAUUAUUUACAUCUGGAAGGGAAUGACAAGUAUGAAGGCUACUGUGUUGAUUUAGCUUCUGAAAUCGCUAAACACGUGGGGAUUAAAUACAGACUGUCUGUUGUGAUGGACGGGAAGUAUGGAGCCAGAGAUCCAGACACCAAAACCUGGAAUGGGAUGGUGGGCGAGCUUGUAUAUGGACGAGCUGAUAUUGCUGUUGCUCCGUUAACUAUAACGCUGGUACGGGAAGAAGUCAUUGACUUUUCUAAGCCGUUUAUGAGCCUGGGAAUCUCAAUCAUGAUUAAGAAGCCCCAAAAGUCAAAACCUGGAGUGUUCUCCUUCCUGGACCCCCUGGCCUAUGAGAUUUGGAUGUGCAUAGUAUUUGCCUAUAUUGGAGUGAGCGUGGUGCUGUUCUUGGUGAGUCGCUUCAGCCCUUAUGAGUGGCGUUUGGAUGACAGUGAUGAGGGUAAAGACUGUCAGACUGCACCGGACCCACCGAAUGACUUUGGAAUCUUUAAUAGUCUCUGGUUCUCCCUGGGAGCCUUUAUGCAGCAAGGAUGCGAUAUUUCGCCAAGAUCAUUGCCGGGGAGGAUUGUGGGUGGUGUUUGGUGGUUCUUCACCUUAAUUAUAAUUUCAUCCUACACUGCCAAUCUAGCUGCCUUUCUCACUGUGGAAAGGAUGGUCUCUCCUAUUGAGAGUGCUGAAGACCUUUCCAAGCAAACAGAGAUUGCCUAUGGUACAUUGGAUUCAGGCUCCACCAAAGAGUUUUUUAGACGUUCAAAAAUAGCAGUCUAUGAAAAGAUGUGGUCAUACAUGAAAUCUGCUGAACCCUCUGUGUUCGCCAAGACGACACCCGAUGGGGUCGCCCGUGUACGGAAGUCCAAGGGCAAGUUUGCAUUUCUUCUUGAGUCGACCAUGAAUGAAUACAUUGAGCAGCGCAAACCAUGCGAUACAAUGAAGGUUGGAGGCAACCUCGACUCAAAAGGCUAUGGUGUGGCUACUCCGAAAGGCUCUCCUUUGGGAAACGCUGUUAACCUGGCAGUUUUAAAACUGAAUGAGCAAGGCCUCUUGGACAAAUUGAAAAACAAAUGGUGGUACGACAAGGGAGAGUGCGGCAGUGGGGGAGGUGAUUCCAAGGACAAGACAAGUGCUCUGAGUCUUAGUAAUGUAGCAGGAGUGUUUUACAUUCUGGUUGGUGGGCUUGGUCUGGCUAUGACAGUGGCUUUGAUAGAGUUCUGCUACAAGUCCCAAGGUGAAGCCAGACACUUGACACUUGUGAAAAAUGCUGAACCCUUUGAACCAACUUCUCCAGCAAACACUCAGAAUUUUGCAACAUACCGUGAAGGCUACAAUGUGUACGGAAUGGAGAGUGCUAAAAUCUAGGGUACGUCUACCAAAUAUUUUAUCUCACUGUCUUGAUUGAGUGACAUAGGAUACAGACAUGACCAAAAAUAUUGGUAUUGUUUCACUUUAUAAAAAUGCAUACAAUUUUCUGUAAAAUAAGUUGAAACUGACUAAAAUAAUUCAAUAAUUUUGAUUCAUGACGUCUUAAUCAGACUGUUUAUUUUAAUUAGUAUCACUUGAGUCUUCAAUAUUAUAAUCAGUUACUUAGCUUAUUUGAAUGGAAAAAAAAUACUCGACUGAUUUUUGUGCCAUUGUGUGCAUCACACUGAACAUGGACAAGAGAAGGAACAGCAGAGAGCUGUCUGAGGAGGAAAGGAAGAAGGUAAUCGCCAAGCACGGUGAAGGCAAAGGCUACAAGACCAUCUCCAAAGAGCUUCAUGUUCCUGUGACUAUGGUUGCUAAUAUUAUCAAGAAGGCAACAUUCUCCAUAGUCACAAGAAGAAAAAUUAACCCCAGACUGAACAGAAAAAUAGUUGGAAUGGUCAAGAAAGACUCAAGGAAUACUUCAGUGCAGAUCCAGACUGACUCCCAAGCUCAAGGUGCGACAGUUUCAAGUCAGACCAUCCAUGGAUGUUGUGUGGCUCUUACUCUAAUAUUGCUUACAUUUUUAACUGGGAAUUUACUGGAAGCUCAUGCUAACUGCACUUAUGCGUAAUCGACACCUCAACAGAACAUAUGUUUGUAAUGUGCUUUUCACUUCAAUCAUACAUUGCUUUGGACAAAAGUGUCUGCUAAAUGAAAGUAAAUCUGAAUCCAUCACCAUCUGAAUGAAAGUAAGCUCCAAGAUAGAAGACCCAGCAGGUACCUUGAAUCUGUUCAGGGCACAAUGAAUCCGGAAGAUUAUCCAGGCAUCCUGGAGCGAAACAUACAGUACUAGUGAUAGCACUAACACUAGCAUGUUAGAGCACAUACUAGAUAGCUAACAUACUAGAAUUAGAUAGCUCUGUCUCAGUUCCAGGUCAUUGGUCCACCAGCAGGAUUAUGACCCAUAACAUACAUCUAAAAGCACCCAAGAAUGGUUGACAAGAAAACAAUGGAAUGUUCUGAAGUGGCCUGCUAUGGGUACAGAUCUGAAUCCAGCUGAACUUUUACAGAAAAAGCUCAUACUCAUAGUUGGGAGAAGGAACCCAUCAAACCUAAGUGAACUGGGGUAGUUUGCUCAAGAAGAGUGGGCCAAAGUACUACAGUCAGUCCUGCUACAAUGUGCGAUAUCACACCAUGAAUUUGUUCUGUCACAAUUAAUGCUGUUAGUACCCAAGUCCAAUACGAUGCGGAACUGCAUUUGUGCUUGUGUGAUGUUCAGUUGGAAAGAAAAGCAUUGUGAAUUACAAUCAAAGAAACACUACAUGCAUGCAAAAACAGCUAUCAAAGUUAAUGAUAGUGAUGUCCAAUUCACGAAUGAAUCAUUCUUUUUAACCAGUUCUUUUCAGUGAAUUGGUCGGGCCAGCUUUUCAAAUCUAAAAGAAUUGAACUUUUAGGGCAUCCAGGCAUUGCACACGUCAAAGUCUUACUGUAGAUCUUUAUAUUACAUUUCAUUUUCAUAGUCUGUCUGUAGCCAUGUUGCCUUCAGUACUCCUUUGCAUGCCAUCAUUCUUCGAAUUAAUGCCUGCUGCAUGGUGACUGUGGUUCGAUACCCCCCCGACCCAUGAUUGUCAAACCGAUGCUUCAUGAACCAUUUGCUGUGUUUUCUGACUCCACUAGACAAUGCCCUCUGUUCAAAAAAGGGAUCAAAGCAUGUCCAUAGUAAGCCAGGAACCCCAUCUAAGGGGGUCAGUAAAUAUAGCAAAUGGUUGUGUUGUUCACUAUUCCCGACUCUCCGUAAUUGACAGGUGAAUGAGUACAGCACAAUCCUAUUAGAUAUGUUUAUUUUAGUGAAUGCGACGUUUUCAGGAAGCAUUAGUUACAUUGUAGCAGGACUGACUAGUAGUUGAGAAGUACAGUAUAUGUCUCGUUCAGAGCUACAGAAACUGCUUCAUUGCAAAUAUUGAUCCAAAAUGGUGUGCUGCAAAAUAUUAGGAGUUCCAAUAAUUUUGCUGUUUUCAUCUGUUUUAUUAUUUACAAUAAUAUGUUAAGUCAUAAAUGAAAAUAUGGAAUAAAGAAUGACAGAUGACAAUUACUUUUGUUAAACCUGUGAUUAUUUUUUUUAAAUUGGGUACCAAUAUUUUUUACCAAAUUGUGGCAUAGAAGAGGUUCAAAGUAUAGCAAUAUACAAAUAACUGCAAUGUUAACAGCACAAUAUGUUCAGAUGUUCUCAGGAGAAUCACACAGGACAAUAUUUUUUAUAGGUGGGCCAUUACAAUGCCUGGCAAAUAUAUUUACGAUUUCAUAUGUUGGUGGAUUACAAAUGAUGGUGGAUUACAAAUCAUUGUCCACUUGCUAUUUUUAUUGCAAAGUAACAUUGUCAAAUAGUAAAUAUUUAUAGCAAACAUAAUGUAUUUCUUUGCAGAUACUGGAAACUAACUCUUAAGCUGAAAUAUCCUGCUUGUACAUGAAUUCAAUUCUGGUUCUUCGAAGUGUAUCACAUUACUUAAGAUGUACUUGCUCUUUGUAUAUUACUGAAUAAAGAACACAUCAGUUUCCAAUAAAAA